AAUAGAAUAAAGGAAUAGUGUAAGUAUAUGGUAUGACACUGCACGGUGUUUCGGCCUAACCCAGUCAGCAAUGAUACACAGGCACGGGCAUUACUCGAGACCGAUAACAAAUGGCUACAUUGAUGGAGCGACUGGCUUUCUUGCAAAAAAUGCCGACUCUUAUGAAAGCGACGGCAGAUGACGAAGCGCCCUGUCCUGGAUACCUCUUUGAGGAAAUUAGCAAAAUUUCCCAUGAGUCCCCGGGCUGCUGUCAGUGUCUUCUUGAAUACCUUCUGGAGCGGCUGCAGGUUGAGUCAUGUCACGUGAAACUAAAAGUUUUGAAGAUUCUGCUGCAUCUCUGUAACCACAGUCCUCCACAUUUUGUCACAGAGCUGAGGCGAAAUGCAACGUUCAUCCAGGAAGUAACAGUGUACAGUGGUCCUCCAGACUCUAUUCAUGGCAAUGCACUCUUUCAGAAAGUCCGGCACUCGGCACAGGAAUUAGCCAGUGUACUCUUCAGUGAUAUGAUGUCCUCAGGAUCUGCUGUCUCACCGUGUAAAGCAGCAGCUCCAACUACAGGAAUGGGAUCAGAGUCUCUCCGAGCAGGAAUGCUGGGAUUUGGAAACAGCCCAGUGAAAAAAUCCAGUACUGUGGGUAUUUUGGAUAAGAUUCAGAAGGCUGCAGAGGUGGUGGCCAGCGCUGUCCUUCCCCCCACAGAGCAUGCUGGGAUUCGGCUCCAUGAUAAUCACUACCGGGCUGUAGUGGCACCCUCUGCUGUCGUGGAGGUUGCGGUUCCUGCCUGCGCUUACAGUGUUCCUUCACACAGCCGCAAAGCCUCUCACAGGUGCCCAGGGCAGGCAAGUGGCGGUUGGGAGGAAACAGGCAGCGGCCACAGCUCCUCUCACAACUCCUCUUUCGAGAAUGAACCAGUCAUUCACACAUCAGUGAGAGGAAGCAGCAAGUCAGGAGACACAGGCAGCCACUCAGGGGGGAGUCGAGAGAGCGGAGAUAGUGUAUCAGAACGUGUGGAGGCUGUACAGUUGGGAGACUGUGGCCAGGAGAUGGCACUGAUCAGUAGACUGACAAAUGGAUCUAAAAUCUUCCUGUCCAGAGACGAGAGCCAGCGUUUCAUCAAAGAGUGUUCUACUUUAAACUGUGAGGUUGUGGUAGAACUUCUCAGUCACAAACUCCAGGACCCCUCCCAGACCAUCCAGAUGCGGGCGCUAUGUGGCCUGGCAUGCCUGAUGUGCACAGAUCUGCUUUCUUUAGAGCAGAUCUUCAGUGUUACACAUGUACGCCUCACCCAGUUGAGUAAUGGGACAGCAGGACCUGUAACAAACAAGGCAACCAAGCUUCUUAGGCAAUUUGAAGCUCUAUUAGGUCCUUCCUUGGAAGUAACCAAGCGUUCAGAUCAACCCUCAAACCCUCUUAAUCCAACCCUCACUAGUCCUCUUCUCUCAAUAACACCGGAUGCUGCUGUAAAGAAACUUCCCUCUAUGAGUGAUUCACAGGCUCCCUCUGCUGGGCAAGAAGACCAGGAUGUUUCUACUGAUUCCAUGGAGAAGAGCAUACAAAAAGGUCAGACUGCUCUAGAAAACGAAGACGGAACCACAGACUCUUGUCAGAGCUCCGAGUCGUCUGUAAACCAUCCCAGACUGUCACUGUUUAGUGGCAUGGAGCUGAUCAACAGAGGGAAACCAGUGUGUCUUGUUGAGCCUGUUCUUGUAGAAACAGAUACCCAGACCAGAGAAAAAGCCCUCGACGACAUCAACAAGGGUAUUGAGAAGAGCUCAGAAAGAACAGCAGAGCCCUCUUCAUCCUCUAGUGGUGAACAAGUGUCUGCCUUCUCCUUCCUCAACCUCUGACCUGGUGAUUUCUGUCAUGUUGUUAUAGAUGUUAAUGUUAAUAUUUUGGGUAGAAUCAAUCAUGCUAUGAAAAAAUAUUGACUAGAAUGGAGUAUCUGUGAAAAUUUAAGCGUGCACCCGUUACACGAAGGUACAAAAAUGCCGUUAACAUGUCUUAUACUUGACAUGGAUGCAUAUUUGGGAUUAAACAUGAUCUCCACUCCAGGACAGAUGAUAGAUUAUAUGAUUACUGAAAAUAAGGACACAGAAGGUUGUCCUUUUAGAUAUGCACAGUUCAAGUCAAGUGUGAGGCUGGUCUUUAUGGAAUAUUUAUACAAGUCCAGAUGCUGCUAGUGGCGUGUAACAAAGUGUGUGUUCAUUUAAUGGAUGGGGUAGAAGGAGGCUGACAAACUGUGCAUAGCAACAGGUGAGUUUUAGGGUGUUUAGUAGGGGUGUAACGAUACAGUGUAAUAAUAAUAUAGACUAUUCAUCAGAGAAUACUGCUUAUACACUGAUCAGCCUUAACAUUAUGACCACUGAGAGGUGAAGUGUAUAACACUGGUUAUCUCCUCAUCAUGGCACCUGUUAGUGGGUGGGAUAUAUUAGGCAGCAAGUGAACAUUUUGUCUUCAAAGUUGAUGUGUUAGAAUCAGGACAAAUGGGCAAGUGUAAGGAUUUGAGUGAGUUUGAUAAGGGCCAAAUUGUGAUGGCUAGACGACUGGAUCAGAACAUCUCCAAAACUGCAGCUCUUGUGGGGUGUUCCCGGUCUGCAGUGGUUAGUAUCUAUCAAAAGUAUCCUUUAAGUCCUGUAAAUUGCAAGGGAGGCCCAUGGAGGCCCCAUCUCACAUUUUACAGGACUUAAAGGAUCUGCUGCUAGCAUCUUGGUGCCAGAUACCACAGCACACCUUCAGAGAUCUAGUGGAGUCCAUGCCUCAAUGGGUCAGGGCUGUUUUGGCAGCGAAGGGGGGACCAACACAAUAUUAAGCAGGUGUCCAUAAUGUUAUGGCUGUAUCAUGUGAGGUGUAAUAAAAUUAAUCAAGCUGACGCUACCUCCUCCUCUAAAAAAGAAGCUUCCUUUUUCAUUUUCACAAGCUAAUAUGCUAACCUACUAUGCAGACUCAAUUCUGUCUGAAAGGAAUCACUGCAGCUAUUGAGAAGUUCAUAGCUGCUGGUAUGAGACUGUUCACAGUAUAGUGAAGAAUGCAGGCUUUUAAAUAAAUACAUAAAUAAAUAGCUAUCUAGCUAUGUUUUUCAGACAUGCCCCCUUAAGUCAUGGAAAGUUUGCUGAGUGAGUGUUAAUGUUUAAUUAGCCAGGCUUCAUGGUUCAUGAUAGACUCCGUUUAAUUUUUUUGCACCUUCACAGUUUUGAAGGUUUGAAGACACAAUCAAGCAACGUUUGUUUUUGCGCUGCUGAAAAAAUCUCAUGUAUCAAGACACCGUUGUAUCGAAUUGGAAGUCUGUGUAUCGUUACAUUCUUACUAAACAUUUAGUAGUUUUACGUGAGAAAAUGGCCAAACAGUGUCAGUAUUCUAUAUUCAAGUCGUUCGAUCCUAAGCUCAGGUUACUGUGUGGAGUUUCACAUGUUCUCACCAGGUCCUUGUAGGUUCGUUCCAGGUUCUCCGUUUUCCUGCCACCUUCGAAAAACAUGCUGGUAGGUGGUUUGGCUGAAGAUGAAUUGCCUCUGUGUGUGCAUGUGUGUUUGUGUGUGUGUGUGUGUGUGUGUGUGUUCAUGGUAUUCUAGGAUGGUUCAGGGUGUAUCCCUGCUGCACGCUCAGUGAUCCAGGGAUAGACCCUGACUAGUAUAAGCACUUAUACUGAUAAUCCUCUGACACCAGACUCUUAUCACUGUCUGCUCUCCGUAUAUUAAUCAUAAAUUGUACGUUCAUUUAAGAACUUUGUGGUUUGCUGAUGAGAGAAAACCGAUAGGAGACGUACCUCAGGAUUAUUUUCCUCCAGUGUUUACCUUACCAGACACAUAUUGUGUCUCUACAAGUAAUUUAAUGAUAAUUUUAUGUUUUGCACUAUGGGGUCAUUCCUCAAAGCUACUUAAGUCUUCCAAUAAUUUAAAAUCUUUAAAACUGCAAUGCAAACAUUAACAUACAACGUCAUUUCACUAUGUGUUUUUUUUUUUUAAACGAAUAAUCAGAUGAAUGAAAUCAGCUCCAUGGGUUUUAUAAACUGUUGCUGUGUAUCGGUGUGUGUGAGUGAGAUACGGAUCUGCAGUUAGCCAUGUGUCAGAAAAAUACACUGUAUUAACCAUAUCUUCAAUUCUAGAUGGACACCAACACAAUAAAUUAUUUAAAAACUUU